CGAGGGGGAGGGUUUACAUCUCAGCAAAGUUCCCGGAUGGUCGCAGCCUCCCGGUCCUGAGAGCUUUUCCUGCCCGGCCGGCUCAGCCCUUCGGAUCAGGGAGAAGUUUCCCAGAAAAAAAUGCCCGGCGCGCCGCGGGGCCCUGGACGCCGCCCGGAGCCUUCGCGCGAUCUGUCAGCAGGACUGUUGAAAGCUUAACUGUCCAAGAUGCCCGUCCCUCCCCCUCCAGCGCCCCCGCCCCCGCCCACGUUUGCUCUGGCCAAUACAGAGAAGCCUACCUUAAAUAAGUCAGAACAGGCUGGAAGAAAUGCUCUUCUUUCUGACAUCAGCAAAGGGAAGAAACUAAAGAAGACAGUCACCAAUGACAGAAGUGCACCCGUUUUGGACAAACCUAAAGGAACCGGUACUGGUGGUGGUGGAUUUGGUGGAGGUGGUGGUGGCGGCAGUGGUGGUGGUGGUGGAAGUUUUGGCGGCGGUGGACCACCCGGUUUGGGAGGCCUAUUCCAGGCAGGAAUGCCCAAGCUGAGAUCCACGGCCAACAGGGAUAGUGAUUCCGGAGGAAGCCGACCUCCAAUUUUGCCACCAGGAGGAAGAUCCACUUCUGCCAAACCUUUCUCACCCCCAACUGGCCCAGGGAGGUUCCCUGUGCCUCCUGCAGGCCACAGAAGUGGCCCCCCGGAGCCCCAGAGGAACCGAAUGCCUCCCCCGAGGCCCGACGUGGGCUCAAAGCCUGAUAGCAUCCCCCCUCCAGUACCUAGUACACCGAGGCCCAUUCAAUCAAGUCUGCACAACCGGGGGUCCCCACCAGUGCCUGGGGUCCCCAGGCAGCCCACCCCUGGGCCUACUCCUCCCCCUUUUCCUGGAAACAGAGGUGCUGCUUUUGGAGGAGGCUCAAUACGUCAAAGCGCCUCAGGCUCCUCCACCCCUUUCUCCAAUAGGCCCCCCUUGCCCCCUACCCCCGGCAGGGCUUUGGAAGACAAACCCCCUCCCCCGCCUCCCCCAAUGGGUAGCAGGCCCACCAUCCACAGAGAUGCUGGCCCGCCCCCUCCCCCUCAGAACAGCAAACCUCCAGUGCCUUCCACCCCGAGGCCUUCCUCCUCCUCUCAGGCCCUGCCUCCACCACCACCACCUAGCAGGCCCGGCCCCCCUCCCCUGCCUCCAGGUUCCAGUGGCAGUGAUGAAAUCCCAAGACUCCCACAGCGGAAUUUAUCCCUCACUUCGUCUGCACCUCCCUUACCUUCGCCAGGACGGUCCGGCCCUCUUCCUCCCCCACCCAGUGAGAGACCCCCUCCUCCAGUGAGGGACCCACCAGGCAGAUCAGGCCCUCUCCCUCCACCUCCUCCGAUAAACAGAAAUGGCAGCACAUCUCGGGCCUUGCCUGCCACCCCUCAGUUGCCAUCUAGGAGUGGAAUAGAUAAUCCCAGAAGUGGGCCCAGACCUCCCCUUCCUCCCGACAGGCCUGGUGCCGGGGCACCACCCCCACCUCCACCAUCAACAUCAGUUAGAAACGGUUUCCAAGACUCUUCAUGUGAAGAUGAGUGGGAAAGCAGAUUCUUCUUCCAUCCAAUUUCUGAUUUGCCACCUCCAGAGCCAUAUGUACCAACGACCAAAAGCUAUCCCAGUAAAUUAGCAAGAAGUGAAAGCCGGAGUGGAUCCAAUCGAAGAGAAAGGGGAGCCCCACCACUUCCUCCCAUCCCCAGGUGAUCCUGGCCUGCUGUCCACCUGAGCUCAAGGCUCCUUCUGUUGUUGCUCUCCAAAAGUUGUGUUCCUUUCUCCUUGUCAUCCUCUGUACCCUUCACAUUGGCAAUAGGAAAGAAGGGAAGAUGAUAUGGAAAUAUGUGUGUGCAGGGUGCGAAUCUAGCUUCCUCUAUUGUGUGUAUUCUCAAUGCUAUUGCUAGCUUUAGCUACAGCCUGCUGGUGUCGGCUGCUUAGGGAUCAUAGGCUUUUGUGGCAAGUAGGCAGAGAUGAAUUGGGUCCCAGCUUUCGACGAACCAAAUCCAAACAUCCACUGCUUAUUUGCUAUAGACUGUAACUAGCAAAGUUACAGUAAAGUCCUGAGAGCCAUUUUCUCCUAUGCCUUUUUUGCAUGCUUGACCCCUCGUCUGUUUCCAUGAGCCCCAGACAACCUAAGCACAUUGCUGAGCAAGAGCUCAUAUGAAACUUUCACGGUCAUAAGGUGUCUAACCUUUGGCAGUGAGGUGAACUCUAGCACAGAGCUGUCCCAUAGAAAUAUAAAGUGAGUUUAAAAUUUCUAGUAGCCACAUUUUAAAAAGAAAAAAAAAUAGGCGAAAUUAAUUUCAGUACAUUUCAUCCAAAAUAUUAUUUCAGCCUAUGAUCACUGUAACAAUUAUUAAGGAGAUAUUUUGCAUUUUUUUUGUUCUUCAAAAUCCAGUGUGUAUUUUAUAUCUAGAGGAUCUCUGUUUGUACUUGUCAAAUUUCAAGUCCUCAAUAGCCCUGUGUGGCCAGUUGCUACCAUAUUGGAUAGCGCAGGAAUAAAAGACAGGGGUUAGUGCAAAAACCUCUUGUUAAAAACAAGCAAACAUAAAAGGCAAGGUGAGCUUUAGCUAUUCAAGAGGUAACUAAAAGUAAAGUUAGGACCCAACACUUUGUUUGGCAGACAGCUUGACCUUAGAUAUUGCUCCCUUAUUUUCCAUCUUCCCUUAAUAUCUACCUACAGAUGUUGCUUCACCAUACCAAGGUCAGAGCUUGGUCUAAUAGGAUUUGUAGUCACGUGGAGUAAAGCCGUUGGAAAGAAACUGAAAUCCUGAGAGCUCAGAACCAACUGGCUGGUGUGUGCGCAGGUCACUUGGAUUUUUAAGCAGUUCCAAUCCCAUCCCACCCAGCUUGCUCCUUAGGGCAAGGGGCUCAUAUGCUGGGAUAGUGUUGGGGGGACUGUAGGGGACAUGGGGAGUAAGUCAGGGAAAGGUAGCUCAUAAGAAAUGUGGAAGAAAGGAACAGCUUUGAGUAAAUGGGCAAAACUUUAAAAAUCUAAACCUAAUGCUUAUGGGUUGAAAGAAAGCGAUUCCUACUGGAAUUUGGAGGGAAUUUACUUUGAAUCUAUCUGGGAGAAUCAUUUGCCUUGAAUCUAUGCAAAUAAAGUUCCCCUAAAGGACCAUAGGGAAGAGCCGGCCUUGCCUUUUUUUAAUACGAUUUUGUUUACAAAACUUUAUUGGGACUUUCAAAUCUAGCUAUAGAGUUGGGAAAAAAACUUUACCAUUUAGAUGUUUUUAUAUGGUUGAUUUUGUUUAAAAUCACCAUUACUUAUUUUUUAAAAGCACAUGACACAUAGGUAUAUUUACAUAAACUUUGUAUCAUGGGUUCAGUGUAUUGUUCAUGUAUUACUGGGAGAUGCUAAUAAGAAAUCAAUCCAAAGAAAAAUUUGAAAGAAACAUUCCUAUUUAUAUAAUAAAAUUGCUUCAUUUAUAUAAAAGUAAAAGAACUUAAAGUUCUAAUGAAUGGGAUAGCUGAUAAAUUAUGAAAUGAUUGAUUUGAAUUGAAUAGAUUGUAUUUUUAUAUCUUCCCUUGCCAAAGCCUCUGUAUUAGAGAAUUUGAUUUCUUCCCCCUUUCCUCUACUAUUCAUUUACUUUUCAUACAAGAGCCCUUUAUUAAAAGCAAAUCAAGAAAUAUAAAGGUGUAACAAGGAUGGCAAAAUGUUUUCCAAAAAAUUUUAAUCACUAAUAUUUUGGUAGCAUAGCAGUAUCAUUUUCUUUUGUAUUCUUUGAUUAUUAGAUAUGAUAAGUUGAUUAAAAUCUUUGGGUAAAUGAAAAUGAAUCACUUAAGAAAAGGUGGGAGUUGGUCUUCCAAGUAAAUAUGGCAGCAUCUGAUCCAAAGAAAAUAGACCUAAAUUUUAUAAGGAGUAGUAAGAAUGGUCAGUUUCCUUGUAUAUCCCAACUUAAUAGCUACCAUUUUGAAGUUUGAAACAGAGUCAUGAUUAAAGUUUUUCAUCUAGACUAGAGAUGUUUUAGAAUGUAUCUUUUAAGUGAAGGUUUUACUAAUAAAUCUAUACUCUGAAAGUUAGCAACCUAAUUGCAUCCAAAACUUUGCAUAAGUUUUAUGCUAAGAUCUUCAACUAUGGAAAAUCACAAGGUGACUAUUUUCCUCCCUGAAAUCAGAGCUUGACGAGUGUUUUUUUCCAGGACAUUUCCAGAUAAUUAUAUUCAAGAUAUCUUGCAAGAGUGUUUAAUAUUCACAUAUCACUUUAUAUUGAAAUGUAUUACAGUAUUAAAAUUCAGUGUUCCAUAUUUAUUUCACUAUGCAUUUUAUUUCAUAAAAGCUGAGAAAAUUUUUAAUCCAAUGGUGCCUUACUUUGUGAUUUGAAGGAAAUAGACUUUUUAUGUCUGAGUAGCAGAUUGUUUGCAUAUUUGUAAAAACUGGUAGGCCUUUAUAUUUUAACUUGUAAUACCAAUUUUGUUAUUUUAGUACCAGGAAUGGAUUGAUUGUUAAAGUGCCCGAACAUUUUUGACAUGAAAUGAAUUUUUCCCUGUUUAUAGUAAUCAGGGACUGUAAAAAAAAAAAAGAAGAAGCAAAAAUGUUUUUCAUACCACUGCACUAUGUAAACAUGCACAUUUUGGUAUCUGUGUCAUCAGGAGAGUUUAAAUGUUGGGGCAGAGUCUACCCUGGACAUCUGCAUCUUUGUAAAUUAGCCAGCCAAUAAAUAAAAACAGAAUGAUGGGUGUACACU